AUGGCUGAAUUCAUCAUGGAACAAAUAGUUUCUAAGGUCACCGAUGCAUUGAUAUCUCAAGCAAGCCUCGAAGAAAAUAUUAACAUUUUGAGAAAUAAUAUGAAUGAGUUGAAAAGCCGAGCGGCCGACAUGAUGGAACAACUGAAUACAGGACAGGUAAUGUAUGGGAAGAAGCCAAAGGGAGAGGUGCAGUUAUGGCUGAAAAAUGUUGAAAAGAAAACGGCAGAAAUGGCUUCCAUGGUACAGGAUUAUACGGAAAGAGGGAGAAAUUUCUCGUUCUCGCAUGUAGAUUUAGGAAAGCAAGUGCAAAAGAAGAUCCGAGAAACAGUGGAUCUUAAGAAGAGUGGUCAAUUUUCAGAUGGGUUAUUUGCCGACAUAUUGCUAGACAGUGGAAGAAUACCCACAAUAAAACUCGUGGGAGACAGGAACUUGGAAAAAAUUUGGAAUUCCUUAAUAGAUCUUGGGGUUGGAAUAUUAGGUGUCUAUGGUGUUAAGGGAGUUGGCAAGACAACCGUCAUGUCCCACAUUCACAACAUGCUCAAGGAAACUUCAACUUACAAUUGCGUCAUUUGGGUUACUGUGUCAAGUGACUCUGACCUGAAAAGAUUACAAACUGACAUAGCAAGAGAGAUAGGUUUGGAGCUUUUGGAAGAAGAAAAUGAAAUGAGAAGGUCAAUGAAACUGUUUCAGGCUUUAACACGGAGGACGAAAUUCAUACUAAUAUUAGAUAAUAUGCAGGAAGCAUUUCGUUUGGAAAAGAUAGGAAUUCCAAAGCCAAAUAUAGACAAUGGUUGUAAAUUAGUGUUGGUUACUCGUUCGCUGGAUUUGUGCAUAGAUAUGGACUGCCAGAGAAAGUUGAAAGUGGACAUUCUAUCAAAAGACGACUCAUUCCAGUUGUUUAUUGAAAAUCUUGGCGCUGAUGUGGAGAUUACUACAGAAGUAGAACAAUAUGCAAGAGAUUUUGCUGAAAACUGCGGUGGCUUUCCGCCUAGAAUCAUUGAGAUAGCAAGGUCAAGGACAAAAUUUGCAGAGAGGGGGAAGACGAAGAGCUUAAAAACUCGACUACAGUGCGGCAGCAGAACAUCAAAAUGCCCCUCCGACCCUGGUUUCUGGAAGACGAAGACGGUGAAGAGCAUGGAACCAAAAGAAAAGCAGUAG